AACGGCAGAGACAACAAGACCAUAAUGAGAGGGGUGGAUCCCGCGGAUGUCCGUCUGUUCCAGUUUGUUGACUCCUGUUUCUCUGUGACAUUUAGAAGUUAAUGCGCUUCUUUAUUUGCACAGAGCUUGUCAAAGUAUCUACAUACAUUUGUGUGUAUAUUUUGUCUAGAACAAAAUGAGGAUCACAGAACUACAAUUUUGCUCAUUUAUUUAUUUUCUAUUAAGCCAAUUAUCGCAGGGCGAUCCGGUCCUCCCUCCUGCAGAUGCCAUCAUAAUCCAGAUCCAGCACUCGGGAGUGGUGGGGGGUAAUUAUGUUGCUGAGCGGGUUCUUCUUAAUGGUGUGCCUCUGAGCAGCACGAGUCAGGAGGUCAGCAACAUCCUCCAAAGUUUGUCAAACAAAGAACUUUUGCUGUUCAGUGCUAGCAUCAGUCAGAUGCCAGCUUUAACAGAGGGUCAUAUCAUCGUUUGCCAUCAAGAGUGCAUUCUGGAGGGACAUCAGCUCCAUUGGACUGACCGCGUCUUUUACAAUGGCACAGUCUAUCUUAGUCUGGAGCCCAACGGCACAUGGACAGCUCUCGUGGCACAAGCAAUGGUCCUCAAGGGGAUUUUGGAGCCGAAUGGACAUCACACAGAGUCUGAAAGCACACGGCUGCAGAACGGUUGCAUGCAGCUCAUGAAAGAACUGAAAUUUUCAGACAAACCAUCAGGUUCAGGAAUCUUUUUUAUUCAAAUUAUUAUUCCAGUUUUCGUUGUAUUCGCUGUAAUGUUCACACUGAGCAUUCUUGUUUCCAGAAGUCAAGGUUGGACAUACCCUGGAGGUGUCAUUGCCUCCAUUAUUCAUUACCCUAAGAACUUGAGUAACACGGAUCCAUACACAAACGACUAUGGUUACAGCACUCUGUGAUUUUAAACAUCAUCUUGGUCAGGGGUUGGCUCUGGAGCCACACUUUUAUCUCUCAGGUCCCUGGAGCUUUUACAAACAAAUUAGUAGUAUUUAAUGCAAAUGUGUUUUAGGCUAGUUACUUAUUCCAGUUUCAAAAAGCAUGAUGAUGCUGUAAAAAAAAAAAGAAAGGGGGGUUUUCUCUUACAACUCGUCAUUGACCCAGUGCAAGCUUAUUUGAGAAAAUUUAAAGAAUAGUAUCUGAAGACAACAGAACAUUCAAUGCUACAUGGGCAGAUUUGCUUUCACUGCUGUUGAGACUGGUUUACCAGUGUGCUUAAUAUGUGAUGGGGGAACUAGCAAAAAACUAAAUGUCAAAGUCUGCAAAACGUUUCCAGAAUAAACAUGCAGGCUUUGCUCAGAGGUUCCGAUUGAGAUGAGAGAACUGAUCGUUUUUUUUUUAUCACGUUUUUUUUUAUUGUCCAGUAAGGCAACAUGUAAAAUACGUCAUUAGACUCUGUAUCUGUUCAAUUGGUAUAUUACUAGUAUUUGUAAUUCUGAGAAGCAAAAAGCAAUCAAAACCCUGUCUGUGUGUGAAAGAUUGAAUAUUUGGAUGUAAAGUAAAACCGCCUGGCUUCUUUCGGUUUCUAUUCUUGUUUUUUAUGUGUAUUUGAUAUUUGCAUUUCUUCUCUUAUUUACUUUGCAGCAAGCAAGCAUAUUUUACUAUACAAUGUUCGUGCAUCUAUAUAUUUGGAGUCAUGUAAAUGCAUAAUCAAAGAGCAUAACAAAACAAUGGAAUCCUUGUUCACCUCCACACCCUAAAUAUUAACUUUGCCUUUUUUUUUUAGUUAAAAAUUUUCUGUUUCAUGCAAAAUAUAUAUAUUUUUUCAGAGUUCACAGAUUUCACAAACUUACUUUUUGAUUAUGCUCAGAAUAAGGACCAAAAGUGUUUCAUUUUAUGUUAUAAAACAUUAUAAAACAGGUUUUGUAUAUUUGAACCUAGCAGUCAAACAUAUUGUUUAAUGCAUUUAACUCUGAUAUUUCUGGUUUAGGUCUGAACCACUCCAUUUUAAGCACUUUAAAAUGCAUGUAUUAUACUCACACUAGAGCUUUAAUUAUUUCACUUAAACACUAAAUGAAUGUACUGUACACGUUGUAUUCGUUGUAACUGUAAUUUCUUUUUUAACAAAUGUUUUAAGACAAAUGGAAGGUUUGAACUAUGAAUUUAAGCAAUUUUCUUGAAAGGGUUUCAUCUUAGUGCCUACUUCCAAAUAUGAUCAAUUUUGCAAACUAUUGAACUGUGUAAUUAAAUGACAAACACUAACUAUAAAACAA